UCAUGUGACGGUCCCAUGAUCCUAUGCGGAAGAGGAAGGGAUUUCGUUAGUGACUGACAACACGCUAACAUUAUCUGUUUAUAUUUUCCGCCUUUACCUUUACCUCGCCACCAUCAGCCCAGCAAUGGACGGACCUGUCAGAGCAGCUUCAGACGCAGGACCGCCGGCUUAUUACAGAGGAAAUGAAAGCUCCCUGGUUUCAGCCCUGAAGACACUGCUGUUCUUCACCAUCCUGAUGGUCACUCUGCCCAUUGGUCUCUACUUUGCAACAAAGGCGUUCCUCUUUGAGGGUUCCAUGAAGAUGUCAAGCUCUGACAGCUACUUCUAUGCAGCCAUUGUUGCAGUGCUCGCUGUGCAUGUGGUUUUGGCUUUGUUUGUUUAUGUGGCGUGGAACGAAGGCACGCCUAAAGGGAAGGGCAAAGACGAUUAAAGCAUGUCCUUAUCAGCUCGUAAGACCGGAGGAGACGGGACAGACACAGGCAUGGAUCCGCAGGGCCCCCCCCCCAACCCACCCAAACCCUACCCCACUAUGGGCUCCAACACUUAACACAGCACCAUCUACCAACCAGACAGUUAGGGGAUCUGGUUUGCGCUUAGGCUUUAACACAAGGUUAAAGCAUGAAACUACCGUACUAUUCUCUGGUAUGGGGGAGUGGAGGCUGUUAGGUGUGUUUUGCACCAGCCUCAGCAGGCCCGCUUAUUGACUUUUUGUUCUCUUAAAAUGUUACUUUUGUUGACAGAGACGGAGCUAUUUUUAUGAGGCUUUAUUAUAAGCUGCCAUUUGGCUAAGUGCUGUAAGUCCCUUCACAGAAAGAGUUUAUGUAGGAAAACAUCUUGGAUUUUGGAUGACGUGUGCGUGUGCACACACAUACAUGUGCUUGUAAUGUGAAUGUAUGAAGGAUUUGAUU